CCAUUAUUUUGAUGACAACACGGCAGAUUGGUUUGGUGCUGGCAAAGACGGGAGUUCGGUUCUGGUAUCUGGUACCCAGUAAAAAUGAAUUAAGCUGCAGCUGAAUCGCAGAUCGACGAGCCCGCGCCGCACAACUGCGCACACAAGACGACGACGACGACGAAGUCGCGCAGGAAGCAUUUUGCUUGUGAGAUAAUUUGGGAAUCAAAGAAAAGAGACCUGCCGCCGCCGCCGUUGCCGAUAAAGAUUCUCGCGAACCCGGCCAGAAGCGGAGUGGGAAUCACGGAAUCAGCUGGAGCGCGGCUAUAGCCAACCGAUAAUACCACAUCCAUAACCGGCAAGAUGAUACCGCUGUCGCACAAGGACCGGAGCAGUCUGGGCUACCGGAUCCGGGAGAAGCUCAACAGCUGGAAACGACUCAUCUUCUCCGACCGCAACUCCCGGAAUCUGUUCCUCUUUCUGCUGCUCAACCUGAGCUUCGCCUUCGUGGAGCUCUUCUACGGCAUUGUGACGAACAGUUUGGGCCUGAUCUCCGACUCAUUCCACAUGUUCUUCGACUGCACUGGCCUCUUGGCGGGACUGGCCGCGUCGGUUAUCACCAAGUGGAAGGCCAACGACAAGUUCUCCUACGGCUAUGUGCGCGCCGAGGUGCUGGCCGGCUUCGUGAAUAGCCUGUUCCUGUUGUUCAUAGCCUUCUUCAUUCUGUCGGAGGGCGUGGAGCGACUUAUCGAACCGCCGGAGGUCAAGCACGAGCGUCUGUUUGUCGUCUCCGUGCUGGGACUGCUGGUGAACCUGGUGGGCAUCUAUGCCUUCAAUCACGGCGGACAUGGACACUCGCACGGUGGACACGGACACUCCCACGGUGGUGGUCAUGGGCACGGGCACUCGCACGGCCACACGGACGCCGGCAAUCACAAUCACCAAGCCAUCACCUUGGACAAUGGCCAUGGACACUCACACGAUCACGACAGCCAUGGCCACUCGCACGGCGACAUGUCGGGCAGCAACUCGCAGAUCAUGCGCGGCGUCUUCCUGCACAUCCUGGCGGACACUUUGGGUUCGGUGGGCGUGAUCAUCUCGGCGGUGCUGAUGCACAUGUUCGGCUGGAUGAUAGCGGACCCCAUUUGCUCCAUCUUCAUAGCCUUGCUGAUAGCGCUCAGUGUGCUGAGUCUGAUCAAGGAGUCGAUCAUGAUCCUGAUGCAGCGACAACCCGCCGACCUGGACCGAUCGCUGCCGCAGUGCUAUCAGAAAGUCACCGGCCUGGCUGGCGUUUACGCUGUGCAGGAGCCGCACUUCUGGACCCUUUGCUCCGAUGUCUAUGUGGGCGCACUCAAGCUGGAGGUGUCCAAGAACGUCGAUCCCAAGUACGUGGUGACGCACACACGGAUGAUCUUUGAGGCGGUGGGCGUCAAGCAGAUCUACAUACAGUUGGAUUAUGUUUGAUGCCAAUGGGAUCGACCCACCGGUGUCCUUGUACAAUGAUCUGUAUAGUUAUCAGCGCAUGUUGAAUGUUUGUGGGCAGUGCGACUCAAACAUUAUGAAAUUUUAGUAUACUACGGCGCCACAAUACCCCGCCCAUCACUUCCGAAUGUCCCCUCCAAGAGCUAAGUAAAAGAAAGUGUUUGAUUUUCAGUUGUACUUUCCGAAUUUUUGUUAACUUAUUAACGUUUGUAUUUGUUGAAAUGCGUUCGGCAUUCAUUCCAAUUCUAUACAUACUGAAAGCAUGGCAUAACUUAUGCAAUAGUCCAUAUCGAGGAGCAUUAGUGUAAUUGUAAGCUAAGCGAAAGAUUUUGUGCAAAGGUAAAUAUAAAUAUUUAAAGAUUUUUUAAAAUUCAGCAUGAACAAAACCAGAAAAUAGCAACUAAUUCUGACUGACAUUUCCAUGGACAUUCCGCCGUGCGGUGGAAGUGCAUUUGGUGAAUCGUUUUUGCCACAGUUUGAAGCAUCAAAAUUAUGAACGAAAUAAAAUUUAAUUUGUUAUUAGCAUUUUUAUACGUAAACCG